CAGGUAUAUCAGACCCGUUAUUAUUUCUAUGUUAUAUGAGAUAUUGAAGGAGUAUCUUAAUAUCUGUAUUUAUACUAAGAGUGCAGGAUAAGGGAUGUGAAUUGUUCAUUGUUAUCAGCUGAUACUAUAACAGAAUCAAUAAGGACUGGAUCUCUAGAAGGUUUUGAUAAAGUAAAUACCUGGAUCAAUAGAGUUACCUGUAAUAGCAUGUUGACAACCAUUUAGCGUCACAAACUAAGAUGGCCGAUUACACUUCCUGAUCACUUGUUUUGGGGUUUUGUCUCAGAUUUUUUGACAGUUGUAAGAUUCUGUUAAUAAAAUGGAACCCAGCUAUAAAAUGGGUAAAUGGAGUCCCCAGGAACAACACAGUCCAUCUGCAGAUCCUUUUGGAGACAACACCAUGAGUGGACCUCCUGGAAGUGUUGGUGAUGAUUAUAAUAAUGCAAUGAAACAACAAAAGCUUGAAAAAGAGAGAAAAAGAAUUGAAGACCAAAACAAGAAAAAAAGGCAACAGUUAGGACUGUUCCAGCCAAAUGAAGAUAUUGGACGACCUAAUUCUGGGGGUCGUAGGAGAGGUCGUGAAGAACAUCGCCCUUUAGUGGGUAAUUCUAAACCAUCCACACCCACAAGUUUUGAAUAUGUUAAUCCAGCUGCAUAUGAGGAUGAAUCAUUUCCGGAACCACAACGUGACACAGUUACUGUGUUGAAUGUUACAACAGACAGUCACAGUGAUGGUGAUAGUGAUAUACCAGAAAUAUCUGCAGGUGAUGAUAUUCAUACUAAAAAAGGAAAGAAAAAUAAACAUGCUGGUCAAUGGACAUUACCGCCACCAACAUAUGAUAGUGUUUCUUCACAAAACCCAGAUCCUCGUACAAGGAGCCAAAGUAGGAGUCCUAUUCCUCAAAACACAUUUGAAAUACCAAACAUUGAUCAUCAGCAACAAAAAACAAUGGAAUACUCCUCCUCACCUCAGGAUUAUAAUGGUGAUAAUGAUGUCUCUAUUCCUAUGUUAGAAGACACAGGAAAAAAGAGCAAAAAGAAAAAUAAGAAACCAAACCGACCUCCCCCUCCUCCAACAACACAGAAUGAGAUGAUAGCAGGUGGUAAUCAGGGCUCUAUGGGGAGCUUAGAGGACGACAAUGAGCCUGAUGAGAUCAGUGUACCAGUGGCACCACUCUCCAUGAAACAGUCUCCAAGUACAGCUAAACUGAAAAAUAUGUACAAUAGUGAGCAGGCAGAUAUAUCCGAAGGAGGAAACACAAAUGGUGAUGAUUCUGAAUUAGGAGCUACUGGUCGAAGCUUUACACCCGAAGGAAUAGAAAAAUUAGAUGACUAUGUAUUACAGCCAGCACCUCAGGGUCAAGUCAUCAAAUGUCGAAUAACAAGAGAUAAAAAAGGCAUAGAUCGAGGAGUUUAUCCCACAUACUACUUACAUCUAGAAAGAGAAGAUGGCAAAAAAACAUUUUUAUUAGCUGGUAGGAAAAGGAAGAAAAGCUAUCCAUCUAACUAUUUAAUUUCAACAGAUCCAACAGAUUUAUCUCGUGGUGGAGAAUCAUAUGUAGGCAAAUUAAGGUCAAAUAUAUUGGGAACACAUUUUACGUUAUUUGAUCAUGGAUGCAAUCCUAAGGAUAAUUAUGAAAAUGCAAGGAAAGAACUGAUUGGUGUAGUUUAUGAAACCAAUGUGUUAGGAUUUAAGGGUCCAAGAAAGAUGACCAUUAUUAUACCUGGUAUGAAUUUGGACCAUGAACGAGUUGACAUUAAACCAAGAAAUGAUAAUGAUGGUUUGAUAAACAGAUGGAAAAGGAAAAACAUGGAAAAUAUACUUGAGCUGCAUAAUAAAACACCUGUAUGGAAUGAUGAAACACAGUCAUAUGUAUUAAAUUUCCAUGGAAGAGUAACCCAGGCUUCAGUGAAAAAUUUCCAGAUAGUUCAUGAUAAUGAUGUUGAAUAUAUAGUGAUGCAGUUUGGCCGUGUUGCAGAGGAUGUAUUUACAAUGGAUUUUAAUUAUCCUUUAUGUGCAUUACAAGCUUUUGGAAUAGCAAUUAGUAGUUUUGACAGCAAACUUGCCUGUGAAUAAAUUCAGUAUGAAUGUAUAAAAUAUCAGCUUUAAACAUAUUAAAAGUGCUCAUCUCCAGAGUUGGAUACAGGAUAUGCAUGAGGAAACGUUUCUUUAUUUAAAAAAUUGAAUUAUCCGUUUAUUGUGUGAAAGAUUAAAUUAUGUGUCUUAUUUUUACAUACAAUUUUAUCGUUGGGUUAAACGAUUCAGCAACUUAUGUUUUAUUUUACGUUCUGAUAAUAUUAAGCAGAAUGAGUUGGAAUCUGUUUAGCAAGAGGCUAUUGAUAAUAGAACUAUCUGCAUUGCCAGCAUUCUAGAAAUUGAUAAUUGGAAGCCAUUUAACUUUAGGGAAAUUUCGAUGUAGUUGUAAAGUAAAUUUACAAGUUUACCCCUUCCUGUGUAUUUAUUAGAGUGACAUUAGUUGUAAUUAUUUUGACAUCCUUCAUAUAUGCUGUUAGAAGUGUUAAGAAUAUAUCAGAGAAUAUUAGAGAUUUACUUAAGAAUUGAGGUAAACUUGGGUGUUAAUUGGAUGUUAUUGAAGACCCCAAAGUGUUAGAUUUUUUAUUGAUUUAAGUUUUUUUUUCUUUUUACUCUACUUAAUAUACUAAAUAAAAUUCAAAAUUGGAAAGGAUGGAAUAGAUUGUUAAUGGAUUGUACCUGCUAACUGUCACUAUUUGUGGGGGAUUUCCUCUCACUUUGAAAUUUUGAAAGUACAAUUUUGUUUAAAUUUUCAAACAAAACAAUUAUUUUUUUAUUAUGCAUAUAGGAUUGUAAAAGUAUGAAGAAGCAAAUAGACAUUUUUAAAGAUAAAUUUGAAGGCCCCUUUAAAGGUUUUCUAGGACUAUGAAAACCAUCUUGCACGGGACCCCCCCUUGGCAUUUUGAAAUGUUGGCAGGUAUGAUCAUAUAGCAAUGACAUCUGUUGAUACUCCAUUUUUAGUCUCAUUAGUUUGUUGUAGUAAUGUGUACCCCUAUUAUGUUUUAAAAAGUUGAGAUUUACAGAGAUUCCAAAUUCAUCAAUUUCAUUAGCAUCUAUAAAUAUUAAAAGAUUAGGUUUUAUUUAGCAUGUGAAUGAGGUUGUAUGAAAUUUAAUACAUUAUUAUGUUUGUUCUCUCGUCACUUUUUUAAAUGUUGGUUAUGUGCAAUUAUUUCAUGUAAAUUUGUUUUGUGUAAAUAGCCUUAUUUUCAAUUCUUAACUGGACAAAGUUGUGGGGUUUAUUGUUAAGGGGGGCAAAUAAAUUCUAAACGAUUGAAAUAUGGUAUAUAUUUGUGUUUAUAAGUGAUAUAAUGCAGUACUUGUAUAUGAAUUAUCAGCGUGUGAAGUCUAUAAUAAUUUGCCUUACUUGCAAUUACUCUGGUCCAAUUUUUAUUUUGAAUUUUAAUUCUGAAAGUAGAGGAGAUAUACAAAAUAAGAGCUGAAAAUAAGGUCUCUUUAAGGACUUGAUGUUCAAUUUUUUUUAUUGAUGUGCUUUAUCUUGUUGAUUCUCAUGAUUAAUUAUAUUAUUAUAUAGUAUUUAUUUUAAAUUAUAGAUCAAAUUAUAUGUAAUUAUGUAAACAUUGUAGAUAAUUUUAUAUUGAAAUGUUGUUGCAUGUACAUAGAUGUAAAUACAGAUGUCACCCCACAAUAGUUUUCCAAACAUACAUAUGAAAGUAUUUCCCUUAUAUCAAGCUUCAAUGCACUAAAUGAAGAAGAAAAGUUAUUGCUUUCACUGUUUUUUUUUAUAAAUUUGAAUUUUCGCUUCAGAAAUCUGCCACAUGCAUGAACUAAGAUAAUUUUAUUAUUGUAUGUUUGAAAAUUACAUGAUUUUAAGGUAUUUUGUAACCCAAAUAAUUCAGUCUUAAUAGUUUUGCUGCUCUAUGGAUGAUAUAUCUCCCAGUCAAUGAAAUAUAUUGUUAAUUAUUUUCUUCUUUUGUUAACAAUUGCAUUUUUUUUAAUACCAUUGUUUGAGAACAUAGUAUUUUACUUUGUUGGUAUUUUCAUCUGUCCUCUAAAGGGUACAUAGUUUGUCUGCAUAACUCGUAAAUAUUUCUUACUGUUAAGAUUUUUUUAAAGAACUCUAUACAAAAUUUGGAAUACCUCGUCGAGUUUCGUUCAAUUUUGAAUAUGCUCUACUGCCCAUGCACAAUCUGUCAGAUCAACUACUUAAAUAAAUGAACUAAGUAUUGAUUAGAGGAACCUUGUCUCUUGUCCACCAAUGUUGGUUAGAAGAGCAUUAUCUCUUGCUCAUUUUCUUCAACUUUUCAGAAGUUUUUGUUACAAUAAAGUUGAUUUAUUUUGCAUUAUGAGACACUGUUUGUCUUCUCCUCUCACAACUUGAAAGCUUUUGUAGAACACACACUAAUGAAAAGCAUAUUGUCAGGAAUUAAUUUGGUUUAAUAGGAAACAGUUGAACUUUUAGGGUAAAAAUUUCAUUGCUUUUUUUCUCUCCUCAUUACUAGAGUUUCAAGGCUAGAAUAAUUUUAAUUUCCUUAAUGUUUGUUUAGAUAUAUCAUAGUAAUAUUGUUGAAUCAAUUCAUUCCUUUAUUAGAAAUAGGCUAAAGCAUCAUUUGUGUAAAGACACAAUACUUGCAGAGCAAACAACCUAAAACUUGAAAGUCAUUAAAAUUUAUUGCCCAUAUACUUAGUUGGUGAAAUUCUUAUGUUUUAUCAUUUAUGUUGACAUUCUUUCCUAGUUUGGAUUGACUGAAGGAUACAUUAUCCAUCACUAAUUAAUAAAUGCUAAUAAUUUAAGAAUCAUACUCAGUGUUUGAUUUGAGUACAUUCUCUUCAACUUGCAAAAUUUAUAUAAAAAAAACAACUGAAUAUGUACACAAAGUCUAUUUCAAUUGUUUGUACACAAAUUGCAGAAAAUUGAAAGUUUCAUUCAUAAUCAUUUAAAUUCGGUUUUCAUAUAACAUUACUAUUAGUGCUUAGUUUUGCCAAAUUUCAUGCAUAUUUGAUUGCCUAUUCAAAAUGUGUUAUAGCUGUGAAUGACACUUGAUAAUUUUUAAAGCACAAUUUUUUAUAUGUAUAAUAAAUGAUUUUUUAAUCAUUCAAAGGACCAACAGACUAUAUCGUGCAGUUUAAACCGCUAUCAGAAGAUAGGGUUGUGAAAAUGUUUUGAAUCUAGCUAAAAAGUCAAGGUCACAAAAUUGAAAGUUGCCCGUCCUUGUUUAUAAAUAAUGUCAAUUUGUCAAUGCCACAUCUUAGAUACUAGUACCUCUUAUUAGGAUUUCUUGAUGCAUACCACACAUGUCCCAAUAAACUUUUUCAAGUUUUAAAAAUCUGAAGGUUGUAAAGAUUGUUAGUGAUGCAUAAUUAUGAAAUGAUAUGCCCAAAUAAUUACAUUAGAUGUUUGUUUCAUUAUAAUACGUUAUUCUGAUUGGCUAAUUGUGCAUCACAUGUUAUUCCGUAAGCAGUUGCAUGAGACAAUAACAUUUCAUUCAUGAUGACACGAGGUCCCACAAUAAAGUGCACAGGUGAAUUUAAAAAUUUAACUUCAUGAAAAUCGUGUUUUUAUAAUCCUAGCUAAAAAAUGUAAUUAUAAGUAUUGAAUGCUUCUUUUUGUAACUUUAUAGGGUUGUAAAAGCGUUGACUGUGCGUACAUUUUUAGAAUGAAGCGCUUCCGCGCUUCAUACAAAAUGUACUUCAGUCAACGCUUUUACACCCCAAUAAAUUUACAAAAAGAAGCAUUCAAUUCUUAAAUAAACUUAAGGUAAAAAAUAAACUUUUAUCAAUAAUUCAUUAGGCUGGGAUAUACAAUAGCUAUACAGGAAAUUGCACCUGAUACUUUAAGGUUGUUUCAAGUAUUUCAUUUUCUGUGUUAGAAAAAUAAAAGAAAUUUGAUGCAUUGAGUAGCAGAAUUAAUAUCAAUUCCAAACAUAUCUAAUUGAUUUUCACCUUUGAAGUAACCAUGGAAACAUGUAUUAUCAAUCAUCACGGAGAAAAAAAUCAAACUCGACUCAAAAAUUGAUCAUAUGAUUUGCAUUAUAGUUUGUAUUUAAUUUAAUUUUGUUUUCUUAUCUAGUCUUUAAUAUCCCACCACUCUAAAUAUCCGUCCUAUUUUGUGAGAUUAUUAAUAUCUAUAUAAUUUAUAUUUCAAAUAUGGUUGUUAUCAUCAACUCUUACCUCUAGAUCAAUCCAAAAAUCAAAUAAUCCUUUCAUACCAAAAGAACGUUAAGUGUAGGUUCCUUAUGAGAAAUCAUGUAGGAAAAGUUUUUAAACUUAAUUGAAGAGAAAUGUAAAUUAUAAGAAAAUGUUUGAAAUACACUGUGCAGUAUUUUUGUACACAAGAGGCAGAAAACCUUAUUUUCUUAUAUAUAUCCUCUUUUAUAAUGUUUAAAAAAAAAUACACUUCUGUGGAUUCAUUAUUUUUCGUUGGAUACCAAUUUUCAUGGGUUUCAUUGGUACAGGUGAAACACAAAUUUAAAUGCUAUUAAAAUUACUAUUUUUUUUUAAAGCUCUGUAUGCACAGAUUGGCAAAGCCAUGAAAUCAAAUAUCCAUGAAAUGCAAAUUGUUUGUAAUCCACGAAAAUUGAUACCCACAAAAGUAAAUGAAUCCACACUAUCAAGUAAUACCAAUUACCAUAUGUUGACCAUUCAUCUAUAGAUGAUUUGUUAUUUUAUUUUAUGUUUUAUCUUAUAUUGAAGUAAAUGUUUAUAAUAAUAGUAAUGGUACUAAGAUACAUGUACUAAUUUUAUGUUAAGUUUUACUUUGGUUUUAUAUCACAAGCAGGAAACUGAAAAAGUUUCUUACCUUAUUUUUGUGAUUUUACUUUUUUCAUAGUUUAGGUAUAAUUUUGUCAAAUAUCUCAUUUAUAUAAGAUAAAGAAAUAGUAUAGGGAAAACUGACAUUCCAUCAAACACCGUCCAUGUUAUGAAAGUGCUGUCUUGUGAACUGUCACAAGAUGAUCUGAGGAUAAUAAAAUGUUCACAUAAUU